AGCUCGGGGUUCCGCCUUCCCGGGGCCUGCGUUCUUUCCAGGCCGCGCUUAGCUCUUCCUCCCACACCGCCGCGACAAUGUUUGUUCCCUGCGGGGACUCGGCCCCCGACCUCACCGGCUUCACCCUCCUGAUGCCAGCAGUAUCUGUUGGAAAUGUUGGCCAGCUUGCGAUAGAUCUGAUUAUUUCUACACUGAAUAUGUCUAAGAUUGGUUACUUCUAUACUGAUUGUCUUGUGCCAAUGGUUGGAAACAAUCCAUAUGCAACUGCAGAAGAAAAUUCAACAGAACUCAGUAUAAAUGCUGAAGUAUAUUCAUUGCCUUCAAGGAAGCUAGUGGCUCUUCAGUUAAGAUCCAUUUUUAUUAAGUAUAAAUCAAAGUCAUUCUGUGAAAAACUACUUUCCUGGGUGAAAAAUAUUAGCUGUGCCAGAGUUAUUGUCCUUUCAAGCAGUCAUUCAUAUCACCGCAAUGAUCUACAGCUGCGUAGUACUCCCUUCCGGUACCUACUUACACCUUCCAUGCAAAAAAGUGUUCAAAAUAAAAUAAAGAGCCUUAACUGGGAAGAAAUGGAAAAAAGCCCACACAUUCCUGAAAUAGAUGAUUCUGAGUUAUGUAUUCGUAUUCCAGGAGGAGGUAUCACAAAAGCACUCUAUGAUGAAAGCUGUUCUAAAGAAAUCCAAAUGGCAGUUCUGCUGAAAUUUGUUUCAGAAGGGGACAAUAUCCCAGAUGCAUUAGGUCUUGUUGAGUAUCUUAAUGAAUGGCUUCAGAUAAUCAAACCACGUUUACAGAGUGAUGACCCCACAGCAUCUUCCUUGCCAUGGAAAAUACCAAGUUCUUGGAGAUUACUCUUCGGCAGUGGUCUUCCCCCUGCACUUUUUUGAUCUGUUUUCAGUUUGUGUCUUAUAUCCCAAGACACUUACUACUAACACAGCUGUUAAACAUUUUAUACAAAAAUGUGUUUUAUCUGAGAAUGCAUUGGGUAAUAUUUACUUUUCUCAAAAAAUCUGAAAGAAAAAAGGAUUAACAAAAGGUCUUUUUGCCAUGCUUUUCAUCAUAUACAACAAAUGUAAAUCUUGUACAAUAAAAUUUUAUUUCCUAAGUAA